AUGGGCACAGGAUACAGCAGAGAGACGGCCGCAAGACGGUGUGUAAUGCCUCAGAGGUUCGCCCCGAGCCUCUAUACCCCGAAAUACGAAAAGCGAGGCGGAUUUUUGUGGCGCGCCCCCUCAAGCUUUCUCUCUCUCUCAUUCGCCGCUGCCGAUCGGGAUGAGAGAAAGAAAGGCAAAAACCGCCACCGACACCACAACCGUUUCCUCUCCCCAACUUCUGUGAUCUAUCUUUCGGAGGCUCUUAGUGAGAAACGACGACCGAGGAGAUCAUCCCCCACCAGGCAGUUCCUUGAUACAAACACCAUGGACGGAGGGGCAGAGGUGAUACUUCGAGUAGAACUUCAACUGGAAAUCAGAUCGGGGGCUUGA